AUCGAGAAGCGUGAUAAAGUGUCACUGGAAGAAGAGAUGACCGAAUUGAGAUGCUAUUCGAAUAGAAACAGGCUUCUUUGUGAAGGUGACUUUAACCUGUCUGAUGUGAUCUACUUCUCAAAAAAGGGAUUUGAAGCUGUUGUUGAAGAUGAAGUGACCACUCGAUUUAGCUCUGAGGAGUUGGUCUUGUGGAAUCUGUUAACAAGGACAAACAGGAACUUUCAGCACAUCAGUGUUCGUCUGACUAUCCUUUGGGCUUUGGGAGUUGGGAUUCGAUAUGGAGUCCUUCUGCCCCUGCGGAUAACUUUGGGUCUGAUUGGCAUUAGCUGGCUGGUGAUUGGGACCACCUUAGUAGGACAGCUUCCAAACAGCAGUGUGAAGAUGUGGCUCAGUGAGCUUGUACACUUGAUGUGCUAUAGAAUAUGUGCAAGAGGACUGUCUGCAACGAUCCAUUAUCACAACAAGGAAAACAAACCAAAGCGAGGAGGCAUUUGUGUAGCAAACCACACGUCACCAAUAGAUGUCGUCAUAUUAGCCAAUGAUGGAGGCUACGCAAUGAUUGGACAGGUCCAAGGUGGGCUGAUGGGAAUCAUUCAGAGGUCAAUGGUGAAGGCUUGUCCACAUGUCUGGUUUGAACGAUCUGAAAUGAAAGAUCGCCACCUCGUUAUAAAAAGACUAAGUGAUCAUAUUGCAGACAAGACAAAAUUACCAAUUUUAAUAUUUCCUGAAGGUACCUGCAUAAAUAAUACCUCUGUUAUGAUGUUUAAGAAGGGAAGUUUUGAAAUAGGAGGAACAAUAUAUCCUGUUGCAAUCAAGUAUGAUCCUCAGUUUGGUGAUGCAUUUUGGAACAGCAGUAAAUAUGGAAUGGUGUCCUACCUGCUUCAGAUGAUGACCAGCUGGGCCAUAGUCUGCAACGUUUGGUACUUGCCCCCAAUGACCAGACAGGAAGGUGAAGAUGCUGUGCAGUUUGCCAAUCGAGUCAAAGCUGCUAUAGCUCAGCAGGGAGGCUUGAUGGAUCUUGCCUGGGACGGGGCUCUGAAAAGAGCCAAAGUCAAAACCAGUAUGAAAGAACAGCAGCAGAAAUACUACAGCAAGAUGAUCUUUGGGAAUGAAAGCAGCUGAAGAGAAAUGAGAUGUCGGUCCCUCAGUCCUUAUUUACGUCAUUGUUUACGUCUUUAUGCCACUUGAGUUUUCAAUGAAUGUCUUCUUUUAUUUUUGUAAACUGAGCACAUUUAUGCAUUGAGUUCCAUAAAAGAACAAUAUCCAUAAAUGAUAAAGAUUAAAAUGUGUUCGUUUUGUUUGGCUUAGUGACAAAACUUUGCUUCGUUGGUAGGUGAUUAGUGGAUUUGUCUUAGUUGGUCUGUGUCCUUUCGAGCAAUGUUCCUGUUUAAUAAAUGGAUGGGAUGACAGGCCUAAGACAAAAUCUUCAUCUUUAAUGGAUUUCUGAAACUGUGAGGUACUAACCUGCUUUGUCUCAGCUUCCAGUUCUUUUCUGUGCAGCUCAGAAAACAAUGAGAAGUCUUGUGGAUGCUCUGAUCCCAGAGAGUAAUUUGAUGUGUUUUGUUGCAUGUGUUGGAAAUGCUGCAAAACCUGCGCUCUUGGUCAGUAGACUGACCAUUAAUACUAUUAGAGAAGGGAAGUGUGACAGAAAAAGCAUGCGGUUUUUGAAUUUUGCUUCCAGGGCUUUUCUUUCUGUAGCUGAGCUCUUGACUUUUGAAAUCCGCUAAAUGAUCUAAAAUUGACCCACCUAGUUUCUCCUGCAUGCUGCUCCCAAAUGAUAUCGUCUGAAGAAAUGUCAGUUUCCAUAUAUACGCAACUGACAUCUAGCUUCUACCUCACCAGCUACUCUCUCAAAACACUCUUCACACACUCUGAUUUCUCACUGCUUGUAUGACAUCCAGUGCUGAAUGAGCAGAACUUCACUGAAACUAAGUAUUCAUCACCAACUCUGUUUCUUUCCCUAACUACUGCCUGAGGUUGGCGAUUCACAACUCUGUUGCCACAUGGAUUAGUGACAUGAAUUAGGAGUGGGAGCAGGCCCGAAUACGUAGCUACAUCAUCACCAAGGCAACCAACUUCCACCUCAGUGACUCUGCCCAGGGAUCAGCUUUGCUGCUGUUGAAACUUUUAAGCUGUGCCUUUCCUACCUCCUUGACAUUUUUAAAACUUAUUUAUGGGAAGUGGGUGUUGUUGCUGAGCUAGCAUUAUUCCAGUGCUCUUAUGACUGACAUCUCACUGUUCACCUUGCAUGAGCCUGAACUAAUUCAACAGUGCUACUUAAGUCAUCAAAUCCUGUUUGUUAAUCACCCACCCUAAUAUUUCCCUAUGUAGGUUGUGUUAAAUAUUGCUAAUGCUUCUGUGAAGCAUUUUGAGACAUUUAAAGCCACAAUAUCAAUGCAGGAUGUUAGCUGUCGAAUGUUUUCUGUUCAUUCCAGGCCUCUGAAGAGAGAGUUUAAUUUUGAUUUUUGGAGGGGUUUGGUCCUGGAAAGCUUAAAAGAUUCUGAAAUCUGUCGAUCUUCUAAUAAGUCAUUUGGUGCCUGAUUCUGCUGCCAGGAUGGUGUACAGAACCACAACAAUGGACUGGGAUUUGGUUACUUCUGAAAUAAAUAUUUCUGUAACUAUAAUAGCUGCAAGUCAUUCUUCAUCUUUGCGAUAAGUGGGGAUGGAGUUUGUUCCCUGUUAUGUGCAUGGCCAUUGUGGCUAUCAUACAUAACUGCAGCUCCUUUGUACAAAAGAAACUAAUCCUGCAACGAUUUUCCCAGUCCAAAAACAGUUUCCACAAUACGAAGAGAACAAUAGAUUCUCCUCGUUUAGAACAAGUUCUAAUGUUAAAUAUAUAUAAAAUGCUAAGGAUAAUUUUAAAACAUAAAUGUUCCAUGAUGAAUGUUCAAUUGAUAUAAUAAAAUCAUAAAUAUCUGUUUCUCUCUCA